AUGCCUGUUCCUAAAGUAGGAGUCUCUCAGUGGCUGGAGAUUGUUAAAAACACACAAAAGCACGGAGAAGAACAAGGGAUAAUAUCUCAUGACCAUCCAUACAUUUUCACAGUACCAGAGACCUUGCGUAUUGAAAGGCCAGAAGCUUACCUUCCUCAGGUAGCUUCUCUAGGACCUUAUCAUCAUCUUGAACUUAAACUGUAUGAGGCUGAAAGAUAUAAAUCUAGGCUUGCCAUCGAAGUUGAGAAAACAGCAGAGAAGUCUUUCGAAGAUCUGGUUAAUGAGAUCAUUAGAAUGGGAGCAGAUAUAAGGAACUGCUACAAUGAUCCUAUUCAAUGCAACAAUGAAGAACUAGGAUGGAUGAUGGCUCGAGAUGCUGUGUUUAUUCUGAAGUUCAUUGAUUGCUAUAACCAAUGUCCGAACCCAAAAUUUGAACAGGAGACUGGAUCAGAAAGUCAAGAAUUGGACGACAAGCUGAAAGACAGAAUUGCAAUUGCCUGUAAGUGCUUCUCCCCUUUCAUAGAUGUCGUUACUUCCAUAAAUGUUGGAGAUACAAAUCAUGAUUCACAUCGCUCCAUUGCAUGUGAUGGAAGACAUAUACUGGAAUGCCUUUACAAUUCUGUUGUCCCAAAGAAAAAUGCUGGUCAUACUGAUGACAUUGUUGAUCAGAAGAGAAACAUGGAGAAGUUCAAAAGCUUUCACUGUUUUCCCCAGAUAACAUCAAGAUUUAAAGAUUUCUUGCAUCCAAAAUCACAUAUAAAAUCUGGCAAAAAUCUGCCUUCGGCCACAGAAUUACACAGGAGAGGAGUAAAAUUUGCUCCUUUUACAUGGGCCAGGACAUCAGAAGAAAUAAGGUUUGAUAGAGCCAGCUCUACACUUUUUCUCCCUUGUAUAGAAAUGGACUACAGAACAGAUGUUUUCUUGAGAAAUAUGGUGGCAGUCGAAGCUUUCAUGAUGUGCAAAACCAGAGUGUUUACUUGCUAUGUAGAUCUGAUGGACAGACUCAUUGACACUCCGAAUGAUGUUGCAGUGCUGAAAAUGUAUGGAAUUAUCUGCAGUGACUUGGGAAGUGAUAAGGAAAUAAGCAUUUUAUGGAAUGGCAUUCGUAGAUCAGUAUGGAGGAGUGCAUAUGAGCCUAUAGACCAAACAAUUAAGGAUCUCAAUGCUUAUUACAGAAGUAGAUAUGGAGUUUUAUUGGGUCAGUUUUUUCGGGAACAUUUCUCAAAUUCAUGGCGAGCUGCAUCGGUGGUGGGAGCAUGUACUCUGCUGGUUCUAGCUUUCUUGUAG